AAAACUUCUGGUAUAAAAGUGAAGAUAUUUCCCCAAAAAUAUCAAAGGAUUCCAAAUAACUGCAAUGACUGAUCAGCAACAACAGCAACCUUCCGCCGAAGGUUUAGGCAAGAUGAGUUUGGAGGAAUACUUCGAAAGAAUUGGUUUCCACGGCUCUUUUGAUAAACUGGAUCUCGCAACACUGAAGUUGAUCCACAAAAAGCACGUCAUGUCAAUUCCAUUCGAAAACCUCAGCAUGCACUGUGGUGGGAGGAACAUCAUGGACCUUGAGGUCAUUUUCAACAAGAUUGUGAGGAACAACCGGGGAGGUUGGUGCCUUGAGAACAACUUCCUGUUCGGCUGGGUGCUGAGACAAAUGGGCUACGACACUACGACGCUGGGCUCCAGAGUUUUCAACAGCAUCCUCAAUGAUUUUGGCCCCCUUGAUUCUCAUUUCCUCAACAAGGUUGUCAUCGAUGGGAAGGCUUAUAUAAACGAUGUAAGCUAUGGGGUCUCUUUCCAAGUGUGGGAGCCCCUGGAGCUCGUCUCUGGAAAGGACCAACCUCAGGCAGCGGGUGUCUUCCGCUUCGUAAAUAAGGGGGACAUCUGGGUGCUGGAGAAAACCGGUAGAAAGCCAGAGGUUCUCAAUCCAGAGUUUGCCAAAUCAAGUCUGGUGAACAGGAAGGAAACCAAUCAGAUCUACUGCUUCUCCUUGGUGCCUCGUGAGGCCGAACAUUUCCUUGAGAUAAACAACAAACUCCAGACGGAGACUUCCCUGUUCACCAAUAAGUCCAUCUGCUCUGUGCAAACGCCAACAGGAUUCAGAGCCCUGAUUGGCUGGACCUACGGCGAGGCCACCUACAAACCCGACGAAGGAGUGGACGUCUUAGACAUAAGAAACGUAACGGAUGACGAGAUAGAGCAAAUUCUUCGUGAAAAGUUCAACAUAAAGCUGCAGAACAAACUGCAGCCUCUCAACAACAAGUCGUACUACACAUUCUGAAAUCCUACACGUGUGCUGUUUUGAGAUUCACCCGGAAAAGAUCUCACGACCUGUGUUGAUUUCACGACCAACUAGCUUGUUGAAUAAUCAUCUAUUUGAAACAUGACCAGUGCUUUGAAUUUAAUCUUUCGUACAUUGAAAAUUGUGCAAUUGCAUUAGGCCUGGAGAAAGUGGAAGACAUGUUUUUGACUUCUGGUAUAUGUGUAGGCUAAGUAUCCUGAGUCAAUGCAAGGAGCAGACACGUCGUCCUUAAGGAAAGUAAUGAUGACCAAAUAAUGAUUUUAAUACAUUUUCAAAUCUACAUAAUACAUUGUUUGCCAAAAAUGUCUAUUUUUAAAACUUUCUUAUACCAAUGUACUCUGCUGAGCUUCAAGUUGUAUGAUAAUGUAGACCAUUGUGCUUGGAUGUCAUCUGUAGUAGGCGUACUCCCUCAUAUAUUGUCACCAUGAUUAAAUAUUAUGCUUGCAUGC